GCCGUGAUGAGGCAUGCGCGGUAGGCCGGGAGAGGGAGCGGGGCUGUCCAUGGCCGGCGGCGGUGGGGAGCGGCUGCCCGGGAUGCUGCGGACAGUGGCGGCCUUGGUGCUGCUGGCGCAGCUGGCGGGCCGGGGGGCGCAUGCGCUCUACUUUCACAUCGGGGAGACCGAGAAGCGCUGCUUCAUCGAGGAGAUCCCAGACGAGACCAUGGUGAUCGGGAAUUACCGCACCCAGCUGUGGGACAAGCAGUCAGAGUCAUUCCUGCCCUCCACGCCGGGGCUGGGCAUGCAUGUGGAAGUGAAGGACCCUGAUGGAAAGGUGGUUCUGUCCCGGCAGUAUGGCUCAGAGGGCCGCUUCACCUUCACCUCGCACACCCCGGGCGAGCACCAGAUCUGCCUGCACUCCAACUCUACGCGCAUGGCACUCUUCGCAGGCGGCAAGCUGCGUGUGCACCUGGACAUCCAGGUCGGAGAACACACCAACAACUACCCCGAGAUUGCAGCCAAGGACAAGCUGACAGAGUUGCAGCUCCGAGCCCGGCAGCUGCUAGACCAAGUGGAGCAGAUCCAGAAGGAGCAGAACUACCAAAGGUACCGGGAGGAGCGGUUCCGCAUGACCAGCGAGAGCACCAACCAGCGGGUGCUGUGGUGGUCCAUUGCCCAGACCAUCAUCCUCAUCCUCACCGGCAUCUGGCAGAUGAGACACCUCAAGAGCUUCUUCGAGGCCAAGAAACUGGUUUAAUCCCUGGCCUCCCCAAUUGCCACUGCAGCGCCCUCCCCCCUCCACUCCCCCUGCCCCCUCCCACGCUGGCAUGCCCAUCGCUGUGCCCCACCCCGCCCCCUCAGCAUAAGUAGGCACUGAAUCGCACUGGAGCUGGGAAGCAUUGGUACCUGCUGGCUGUCGCAGCACCAUGCUCCCAAGCCCCUUGGGGGCCAUGAUUAGCCAGCCUGGCCACCAGGCAUCUUGCUAUGUUGGCAGCAGGAGGCCAGAUCCUGGCUGUCUUUGCCAGCAGGGGCUAGCAGCUCCUCCUGGGGGCUUGGCACUGAUCUGCCUUUCUACUGGCAGGGCAUCGGGGUAUGCCAGCCUGGGCAGAGGUCGCUCUGUCCUCGCACAGGGGUGCCAUCCGUGCUGCUCUCCCUCCAGUUGCUAGGGCCCUGAUGCCCUGUCCUUUACCCUACUGGCACCUGUUUUGCUCUGGUUCAUCCCGCCUGUGGUUGAUAGCUGAGGCAUUAGGGAGUGGAGUGCGUUUGGUUGGCAGCUUCGCACCCGGUGUGUGUAUUUCAGCCCUUGGGUGCAAGGAGAGGUGAGGGGCAGCCGCUAUUUUAUACCAGAAUCUAUUUUGAUAACUGCAGCCCAGAACAGUGGCACGGCCUCUUCUUUCCCCUGGUGCCCUGCCCCUUACCUGCAGGGGAGGCCAGACUCCAUUUCCUCUUUCCCAGGUCAUCUGCUCCAGUCCCCCAUAAGAGACUAGAGAUGCUCUGACUGUGGCCAGGAGCGCUCAGGAAGGGAGAGCUGAAUUUAGCCCUCUAGGGCUGGCCCCAUGCCACGCUGUAUCGGCCUGUCUCACCCCCGGCACGUGACUUGUUCAGUUUCGUCUGAGAUCCCAGGCUCCUUGCACCCUCCCUCAGCUGGGUUGGCGCUGGGUCUGCUCGAGGGAGGUUAAGUAUAUUGCAGUGGAUGCUUUCCCCUGGAGUUAAUUCCCAGCUUUGUUGCGUGGCUGGAGGAAGCGGCCAGUGUCAGUGGACACUCCCCUCCCUUUUGGUAUUUAUGGUGGUGAAGGCAGAUGGGUGUGGGGCUGCCCUGGUAUAGUUAAGAUGCAGUAAAUCUGAAAUGCAGUUUGAUGUUUUCUCCUUCCCCUACGGUACUACCGAAUUGGGUUGGUUCUGUCUGGGCCCAGCCCCCAUGCUGCAGGGAGAAUUCAUAACAGACGUUCUUUGUUACGAUUUUGGAGUGAAAUAAAACCUCUUCUGGUAA